GAGAAACACGAUGGGGCUCAAAUGGAUUCACUUAUUUGGUUUUCUUACAGCGCUGCCUCAAUUCACUGCAAAAGCAGAUGGAGUAAAAGAUCUUUUCAUCACAGCUAAAUUUGGAGAUGACGCCACAUUGGCUUGUGAAAACGUCCUUAAAGAUCAGCCUAACUGUAGCAGUACUACAUGGAUGGGCAGCUUUAAGAGAAACUCAGUGGAGCUGAUCAAGAACGGGAAGAUUGUUGAGAAGCCUGGAUCUAAAUCAGACAGACUGGCUGUUAGAGAGGACUGCUCUCUGGUUAUAAAGAAGGUCACGUAUGAGGCCAUUAGUCAUUACAGCUGUCAGCAGUACACAUCAGGGAGGAAACAGGGCGACGACACUCAUGUUCAUCUGUCUGUCCUGACCAUGACCGAAAUUAGCAAUAAUCCAAAGAGAUUACGCUGCUAUGUGUUAUCGAGUCUCUGCGUACACACAGUGAAGUGGCUUUAUGAAGGUAGAGAUGUUGUUGAAAACGCUGAGAGGUCGUCAGAGCUUCCCUGCUUCACUGAUUUAACCCUUCAGCCUCAUCAUAACAUCGACUCACUGCAGUGUGAAGUGACUGCUGAUGGCAACCGUCAGCUGUUCCCCUUCAGACCUCCAACUUCAGGGGACAAACCUGACAAUGACAACAGAAACUCAACAAGACCGACUACAACACCAAAGGAGAACACGCCACCAGGGACAACACAGACGGCGUCUGAACAUGAGGAUUCUUCCAAACCACACGUUACUGAAAUUAGCAAAAAGCCAAAGAGAUUACGCUGCUAUGUGAUAUCUAAACAACACAUAAACACUGUGAAGUGGCUUUAUGAGGGUAGAGAUGUGGAUAAGAGGACAUCACAGACUCACUGCUACACUGAUUUAACCCUUCAGCCUCAUCAUAACAUCGACUCACUGCAGUGUGAAGUGACUGCUGAUGACAACCAUCAGCUGUUCCCCUUCAGACCUCCAUCUUCAGAGGACAAACCAGACAAAGACAACAGACUCUCAACAAGACCAACUACAACACCAAAGGAGAACACGCCACCAGGGACAACACAGACGGCGUCUGAACAUGAGGAUUCUUCCAAACCACACGAUUGUUCAGGAUGUUCUGCUCUGGAUGUGGCCAUGUUUGCUCUGCGUGUGGCUGAACUCCUGAUGGUCUCUGUGCUCACUCACAAGGUCACAAGACGGUCACCACCUCUCUAUGCUGCUGUCUGUCAACGUCACAUACAGGAACACAGUAGGACAGACACGUUUGGCCUGAUCAAUAAACAACAGCAUCCAUGGUGACUGGGUCACAGACUGUGUAAAUGACCCAUUUCUUACUUACAAAUGCUUUUAUUUUGAAGGUGAUUUUCGUAGGUUUCUGAUCACUGCCUUUUAUUAUGUCUGUAACAUGAGGCUUUUAUUCUGAAAAGUAACAAACAGGAAGUAAAGUAAGAGACGAUCUGAAAACGGAGAAUGCUGCGUAAAAUAUGAAUCAUUAAGACAUAAACAAUAGCGAUUUUUCUGGUUAAGCACCCUGCUGU